AUGGCGACAGAGAGAGCAGAAUACAGAUUUAGCCUGGUCAUCGUGGGAGCAGGAGCAGCAGGAUGUGUCCUCGCCAGUCGAAUCUCGGAAGCUCGUCCAGACACCCAAAUCCUUCUAAUCGAAGCAGGUGUCGGACGUGAUGAGCGUGUCAUCCCCGCUGCGGGAUAUCUCCCCGGCAUGGGAUCAGAUAUCGAAUGGAAUUAUCGCUCAGAGCCGCAGACAAGCUUUGCAGAUGAGGAUGUUUCUCUAACGUCCGGGAAGAUAGUCGGUGGGAGCUCUGCGGUGAAUUUCCAGUGCUUUACGCGUGGUCCUUCGGUUAAUUACAACCAAUGGGCCGAUUUAGUCGGGGAUGAGAGAUGGUCGUGGAAGAAUCUGCUGCCGUAUUUCAAGAAGAGUGAGGCGUGGACGCCGUCGCAGGCUAUGAUUGAAGAGGAUACCCCGACUGAGGAUUUGCAUGGUGCGAAUGGGCCUAUCAAGGUCACGCAUGUUACCAACAGCGGAAAACCACGCAAAUAUCCCCUGCGGAACAAGAUACAGGAGUUUCACGAGAUCCUCGGGCAGCAAAAGAUAGUAGACUUGAAUGGAGGAUUUCCACGCGGAUAUGCUGAAUGUGCUUCUUCUCAUUUCAACGGGUUUAGAAGUUUCGCAACGAGCUAUAAACUCGGUGAUAAUGUGACUGUCUGGACUGAGAGUGUUGUUGAACAGGUUAUAAUGAAUGGCAAGAAAGCCGAAGGAGUGUUGGUUACUCGAGUGGGAGAGAAAGGAGAGCGUGUUCGUGCCAUGGCAGAUAAAGAGGUUAUUCUGUCUGCUGGGACUCAGGCUUCGCCUAAGAUUUUGAUGUUGAGUGGCGUUGGCCCUAAGAGUGAACUGGAUCGACACAACAUCCCCCAGAUCGCCAAUCUCCCCGUUGGAGAAAACUAUGCAGAGCAUCCCACUCUCUCAAUGUACUGGACUGUUGGCGAAGCCAACGCCACACUCGGCGGUGCAGAACCACAAACCCCAGAGUGUGACUGGCUUGCAGGCAUUCCCUUUGACUGGCAGAGUUUCUCACCGGCAGACGAAAGCACUCGUGCCAAAGCGAAAGAAGAGCUGAGUGCGCCUGAUUAUCAACAGUAUAUCGCCGAUGGAAAAGUGCAGAUGGAGGUGUUUGUCAACCCUAUCCCAGGCUGGCCGGGAAAACGAACAAUCAGUCUGGUGAAUGUCCUGGUUGACCCUCUUUCUCGAGGAACCAUCAAGCUCCGCUCCAGCAACCCCUUCGAUGCACCUAUUCUCGAUCCCAAGCUCCUCUCCUCCCCAGUCGACCGAUCUGCGUUCUACGAAAGCGUCCGAACAACCGCGGCUGCGAUCCAAAAAGUCCACAGUCUAGGGGCAGUGGAAUUCGGCGUUGACGAAGACCUCCGCAAGGACUGGUCUGACAAGGCGGUUGAGACGCGUAUCAAACGCAGCGGGGGGACGGUGUAUCAUCCAUCUGGGACGUGUGCGAUGGGUAGUGUGGUCGAUACAGAAUGCCGGGUGUUGGGGAUUGAGGCGUUGAGGGUUGUCGAUGCGAGUGUGUUUACGAUUCCUCUGGCGGCGCAUUACCAGGCGCCGACGUAUGCGAUUGCUGAGCAGAUGGCGGAUAUUAUUCUGGAUUCAUUUUGA